AGCAGAGCGAAGGCGGUGGUUUAGUGGGGGAGAACAUCUCAGUGGGAUUCAUACAUUCGUUCAACACAAUAGUGCGUGUAACAGAAAGUGCUAAACGUUUGAUCAUAGACGCACAAUUGAAUAGAGGCAUUGCGUACAAUGGCUGCAACGACGCUUAAGUUGAACAACGGAAAAUCCGUUCCCGUACUGGGACUCGGUACCUGGCAAGCCGAUGAUGAUCCCAGUGUCGUCGAACAAGCUAUAAGGGACGCGAUUGAUGCUGGAUACCGGCACUUCGACUGUGCCUUCAUUUAUGGCAACGAAGACGUGAUUGGCAAGGCUCUGCGCGAUAAGAUCGCCGAGGGUGUUGUGAAAAGAGAAGAUUUAUUUAUUACGACAAAAUUGUGGAACACAGAUCACAAGAGAGAAAAUGUGGUACCAGCGUGCAAACGAUCGCUUAAAAAUUUCGGACUCACUUACGUUGACCUCUAUCUUAUUCACUGGCCCAUAUCUUACGUCGAAAAUGCGACAGGCAUAUGGGCUGUCGACGAGGAGGGUAAUCCCAUGUUUGGAGACGAGGAUUACCGUGACACAUGGCGCGAAAUGGAAAAGUGCGUAGAACUGGGAUACGCGAAAAGCAUAGGUCUCAGUAACUUCAACUCGCAGCAAAUCGAUUCGAUUUUAUCGAUCGCCACUAUCAAACCGGCGAUGAACCAAAUUGAAUGCCAUCCGAACUUAAACCAGAAGAAACUGAGAGACUUCUGCAGGGAACGUAAUAUCGCUAUAACCGCUUACAGUCCGUUUGGUUCUCCCCGCAGAAGCUGGGCGAAACCCACUGAUCCAAAAGUCACUAUCGAUGAUCCAAAAAUUGUCGCAGUCGGGAAAAAAUACGGAAAAACUGCAGCACAAGUUGUUCUGCGAUACUUGAUCGACAUUGGCACGAUUCCCAUUCCAAAAUCCAUUUCUAAAAAUCGUAUCAUAGAAAAUAUUAACGUUUUCGACUUCCGUCUUACUCCGGAGGAAAUUGCAUCGAUUGACAAACUUGAUAACGGAAUUCGUAUUUGUCCUGCCGCAGAGUACAAGGAACACAAGGAUUAUCCAUUUAACAUAGAAUUUUAA